CAGGAGAAGAACAUGACACAAACACCUGCAAUACUUGUCAUGAAUUGAUCAUAUAUAGGCAGAGGUAAACACAACAACACACAGAGAAAAGAAGAGGAUCGGAGAAGAUAUCUCUAUAGAUGAUGAAGAUGAUGGAGAGGAGCCCAGAGAAAGUGAAACUGCUGAUGGGGGUGCUGGCCCUUCAGUUCUGCCUGGCGGGGUUCCAUGUGGUGUCCAGGGCGGCCCUCAACAUGGGCAUCAGCAUGAUCGUCUUCACCGUCUACCGGAACUGCAUCGCCUUGGCUCUCGUCGCCCCUUUCGCCUACUUCCUUGAGAAGAAAAACAGGCCACCCAUUACCUUCUCCUUGCUGGUCCAGUUCUUCCUUCUUGCCUUCUGCGGGAUUACAUGCAACCAGGGUUUCUAUCUUCUUGGUUUGAAUUACCUGUCUCCGACCUAUGCAUCCGCUAUACAAAACACAGUUCCAGCGAUCACCUUUGCCCUGGCUGCUUGUUUAAGGCUUGAGCAAGUAAACAUUAACAAGAGACAUGGGAUGGCGAAAGUGAUCGGCACGGUGGUAAGUAUAGGGGGAGCCAGCAUCAUCACUCUCUACAAAGGGAUGCCACUGAUGAACUUCAAGUCAUUGCAUAUCUUGGGAGCCAGCAGCAUUGUGUCUCCAAACCUUGUUUGGAAUUGGACUGUCGGCUGCCUAUUCCUCCUUGGGAAUUGCUUUGCCUGGUCUGGAUGGAUGGUACUUCAGGCCCCAGUUUUGAAGAAAUACCCUGCCCGAUUAUCAGCGCUUUCUCUCACACUAGUAUUUGGGCUAGUACAACUCUUGGUCAUAGCAGCAUUCAGUGAGAAAGACCCUGAGAACUGGAAGCUUCACUCUGGAGGAGAGCUCUUCACAAUCCUUUACGCUGGUCUGGUGGCUUCAGGGAUUGCGUUGUCCCUUCAGAUCUGGUGCAUUCACAAGGGUGGUGCUCUCUUCACUGCUAUUUUCCAGCCAGUACAAACUGUCAUGGUGGCCAUACUGGCUGCUGCUGUUCUUGGCGAUGAACUAUACACAGGAGGGGUCAUUGGAGCUGUCCUUAUAGUGAUUGGCCUCUACUUUGUGUUGUGGGGCAAGAAUGAAGAGAGAAGCAAAACCGAUAGUGACCAAUCAAGUGAAGAAGAUCUAUCGAGGCAUCUCCUCAACGAAGAACCUUCUCGAGAAGCUAAAUGUGUGACAAAUGAUGUUCCAUAAGAAAACAACCAUCAUUUCUUGAUUACGAUUUUCCUUAAACAACAUAUAACACUAAUACGGGAGAUGCAAGGUCGUGAAGUGUGGAUAUAUAGUGGUAGUUUUUGCAGUUCAUCUCUUUGUCUAGUUUAGGAAUAUUUACUUUAUUGUAUUAUUUUUUCUAUUGCUGCUGGGCAGUUGAUUGUCACGGAAAGAAUUCAGUUCCAUCAAGUAAUGGAUUGAUCUACUUAACACGAAAUAUCCAAUUA